AUGGCUCCUCCAAAUUGCUGCUCUCCUUCUCCUCUGCCGUUAAUCCGAUUUUUGGUCGGAAUUCUCUCCGCCGUCUUGUUAACGUUCCCGAGGCCAGCCUCCACCGCGGGAUGCUUCAAAUCAGUGAUCAGCUUCGGCGACUCCAUCGCCGACACCGGGAAUUUCUGCAAGCUCACGCCGGCUGGGUCCAUGUGCUCUCCUCCCUACGGCGAGACCUUCUUCCACCGGCCCACCGGCCGCAGCUCCGACGGCCGUUUGAUCAUCGACUUUAUAGCGGAGUAUUUGGGUCUUCCUUUCGUGCCACCGUACUACGGCGGGAACCAGACGGAAUUCGGGAAGGGGGUGAAUUUUGCGGUGGUGGGGGCGACGGCGGUGGCUUCCGACGUGCUUGUGAACAGAGGGAUCGGAUAUAUGGCGACCAAUGUUUCGUUGGGAGUUCAAUUGGAGUUGUUUAAGAAAUUGUUGCCGUCGCUCUGUGGCUCCUCCGACGCCGGGUGCAGCAACCUCUUCAACACUUCCCUUUUUCUGUUGGGGGAAAUUGGGGGAAACGAUUACAACUACGCACUGGGUCUCAAAAUGACCACCGCAAGAAUCCAAGAACUCGUUCCCCUUGUCGUCAACUCCAUUGGCUCAGCUCUCCAGGAAAUAAUCAAAUUAGGCGCGACCACAAUCCUGGUCCCGGGAAACUUCCCCAUCGGAUGCAUCCCUUACAUCCUCACCAACUUCCGGAGCUCCAAUCCGCAGGACUACGACUCCUCCACAGGUUGUCUCGUCCGAUUGAACCAGCUCGCGGAGCUCCAGAUCGAGCUCAACCGCUCCAGGAAACUCCACCCGCACCCCUACCCGCACGCCAACAUCAUCUACGUCGACUACUACAACGCGAUGAUGCGCAUCUACGCGUCCCCGAAACGUUUCGGGUUCACGGGGGGAGUUCUGAAGGCGUGCUGCGAAGGAGGAGGAGGAGGCGGGGGUGGAUCGAUCCUUGGCGGCGGUCCGUCGAUGAGGCCGUGUGACGAACCUUCGACGUAUGUCAAUUGGGAUGGGAUUCACUUCACUGAAGCGACUUACAGGCUGAUUGCAAAGGCGGUGGUGGAGGAAGGUUUGUUUACCAGCCCUGCUUUCAAUCUCUCAUCGUCGUCGUCGUCUUGUGUUCGUGGUGUUACUGCUGCGAAUGGGCGGAAUUCGACUUUUCCCGAUCGGGAUUCGCUCCCCAAUCGCGGCGUCGGGUUGAUUGUGCAACCUGCUGCAGCAAUGGUUCUGGUAAAUCUGUUGUUUCUGGUGGUUGUUGGAGGAAUGAGCUCCUCUGGAUAAUUACUUCACCGUUCAUUUUGUUUGUUUUUGUUUUUGUUUAUGUUGUAAUUUACUCGUUGUAUCUUCCUUAGAAUUUGUUGUAAUUAUUGAACAG